AUGAAAGACAACAGCAAAGAUAUCUCUAUUGGAAAUAGCAGUGAAAGUGGACUUGUUGAUGAGCCAGACGAAUUGAUAGCCCCACCAGUACAACAGGAACCGUCCACUACACAACCAUCGCAGAAGCAGCCAGAGUCAACGAAAGAGAAAACGUCAUCCACGGUCCACUCGAAGACUUUUGACCAUGGUAUUGACACAACCAAAAAGGAAUCUGACCUGUUGCUCCCACCGACUCGCCUUCACAACACUGACAAUGAUAUUGAUGUUGGUGUCGGCCUUGUUGGGAAGAGUUUGAUCCUCAAGCAAGAAGACGAAGAGCGUCACAGGAGCAACGGAGGUGUGGUGGAAGAAGCCGUGGCGGGUAGUCCUGACAUGGAGAGGAAUCAACUACCAAGAGCACCCGGUGCAGUUAUCACAACAGAAACCGUGCCACCUCAACUGCGUAGGGACCUCGCCAAGGUAAACACCCUUCCUGGGGCAGUGGCAGUGCAAGGGAUUCAGCAGCAACAAGAUGUAGCUUACUCUUCUUCUUCGGAGUCUGAAUCGGAAAGUUCAAUGAAUGACGACCCCAACAAUGAUGCAUCUGAUUUGGUGGAAGCAGAGGCAGUGGAUGAUGUGGAACAGCCCCAGGCUGUGGCUCAUCCUUCAACGGAUGGCACCCACAGAAGGGAAACCAUUACUCGGAAGUAUCAGGUUCGCCUUGCUGGGUUUCUGCUCUUGCUCUUGCUCGGUUGUGGCAUCAUUAUUGGUUCCAUUUGUGGGGCUGGCUUAUGUGGCAGCAGCAAUGAUUCGAAUGAGCCCUCAAAAACUUCCAGAGAUAUUCUCCAGGCACCCAAAAUGGAAAGCGCCAUUACUGGCAUCCUUGGACAGGACUACUUUGAUGGUGCGGAGGAAUCUGGAGAAGGCAAUGAUCAUGACUUAACUGAUUUCCUGAUGGAAACAAGGCAGAAAGCCUUCAACUGGAUUGUUAAUCAGGAUCCACGGCAAUUGGAAUAUGAUACACCAAAUUGGUUCAGAGAUUCCUUUGGUGCUUUUCUACUACUAUACCACGAGGCACAAGCCAUGGAAGGAGUGCAAUCCGUGAGCAACUCAUAUGGUGAGUACAUCAGUUAA